UUCUAUGGCGUGUUUAAAUGCGGUAGUAAGGGAUUUUUUAGCUGUGUUUGUGUGACCACUCGAACUUGAAGUCUUUUUUUUUAAUUUUUGUAUGUACAUGAGAACCUAACGAUGUCAAGAAAAAAACAGCAGCAUAAGAAGUUGGAGGAUUCUAUUGGUGAAGAAAUCCGCAUUGCUGUGAACUUGGUUAUAAAGAAGUUCCUUAACUCUGACGAAAACAAAGAAUAUGAAUUUCCAUCUUCAUUCACUGCAAAUGAGCGAGCUUAUGUACAUGAGCUUGCAAAGGAAUUCGGCUUGAAAUCAAAAAGCAGAGGGAAAGGAGCAAACAGGUUUCUGACGGUGUACAAGCGCGAAGGCUCGAGCAUAGUUCAGGCCGAUGCUGUGUUCAAACUGUCGCGCUCGUCGAGGCAGAACAUCUUCAUGCUCACCACCAAGUUCCCGCUGACAAACAAGGAGCGGCAGGAGCUCCUGCCCUUGACCGAGAGGGACCGCUGUCUCAGCAACGAGGUGAAAGACACGAACAAGUCAUUGGGCCGCCUGAUCAACGGCAUUCCGCAAGUGCCGUCGCUAUCCGUCAGCGACGACCUGCUGUCUUUCAGACAGAAGCUGCCGAUAUGGUCCAUGAAGGAAGAGAUCAUCAACCUGAUCAACAGCAACCAAGUAGUUGUGAUCAGCGGGGAGACCGGCUCUGGGAAGACGACCCAGGUCCCCCAGUUCAUCCUGGAGCACUGCCAGGCGCUGCACAAGCCGUGCCGCAUCGUGUGCACGCAGCCUCGCCGCCUGUCGGCCGUGUCGGUCAGCGAGCGCGUGGCCGCCGAGCGCGACGAGAAGAUCGGCCAGUCCAUCGGCUACCAGAUCCGACUCGAGUCCAGGAUCUCGCCCAAGACGGUGCUGACGUACUGCACGGACGGCGUGCUGCUGCGCACGCUGAUGGGCGGGGACGCCGCGCUCGCCACCAUGACGCACGUCGUGGUCGACGAGGUGCACGAGCGCGGCCGCUUCUGUGACUUCCUGCUGAUCGCGCUGCGCGACGCGCUCGCCAAGUUCCGCUCGCUGCGCCUGGUGCUCAUGUCCGCCACCGUCGACACCCAGGUCUUCACCAAGUACUUCAGCGGCUGCCCCGUCGUCAGCGUUCCUGGUCGUCUGUUUGAAGUGAAGGAGUAUUUCUUGGAAGAUGUACUGAAGCAGACGGGCUACACGACCAAGGCCAUGGAGAAGGCUCGGCAGGAGCUGCGCAAGAGGAACGACCAGCGAGAGAAGCUGGACUCGUGGACCAAGUCCAUCGUGCAGUCGGUGAAGGGGGAGCCGGCGGAGGGCAAGGAGCGCCAUCCCAUCCUGGCCUCCCUCAUGCCCCAGCAGAGCGAGUUCGUGGCGGACAAGAUGGAGCUGGAGGCGUGGCUGGUGAAGGAGAUGGACCAGUUGCUCUGCAACGCGUGGCUGGAGGGAUCGCCGGACGCCUUCUCCCAGCUCCUGUUCCGCAUCCUGUCGGAGCACGUCUCGGUCGACUACCAGCACUCGGAAACGUCGGUGACCGCGCUGAUGGUGGCGGCGGGCCGGGGGGACCUCAGCGUCGUGGAGCAGCUGCUCAACCUCGGAGCCAACAUCAGCGUGUGCGCGUCCAACGACUGGACGUCGCUGGAUUGGGCUCGCAAUUUCAACCAUCCCGACGUGGUGGAGCUCAUAGAGGCCUACAUCAACGUGGAGCAGGGCCGCAUGCCGGAGACUCUGCCCCCGGCGGCGGGGACCCUGCGCGGCGAGGACAAAGAGCUGCUGGACGUCUACCACCAGAGCUUCAACGACGACAACACCGACCUUGAGCUGCUCAUGGCCCUCGUGCUGAAGCUGCAUGCCGGCGGCAAGAAAGGUGCCAUCCUCAUCUUCUUGUCGGGCUACGACGACAUCGUUGCGUUGAGGGACCGCAUCCUGGCGGACGAGAAGAAGAUGCUGGAUGCCGGGAAGUUCCGAAUCUACCUGCUGCACUCCAAGAUGCAGACCUCCGACCAGAAGCAGGUGUUCCGGCCGGCGCCCCCGGGCGCCCGCAAGAUCAUCCUGUCGACCAACAUCGCGGAGACCAGCGUGACCAUCGACGAUGUCGUGUUUGUCAUCGACACAGGGAAGGUUAAAGAGAAGUCGUUUGACGCCCUGUGCGGGGUGUGCACGCUGAGGCCCGUGUGGAUCAGUCAGGCCUGCGCCCAGCAGCGCCGCGGCCGCGCGGGACGCACACAGCCGGGCGUGUGCUACCACAUGUUCUCCUCGGUGCGCCACCAGGCCAUGCAGGCGUACCACACGCCCGAGAUCCUCCGUCUGCCGCUGCAGGAACUGUGUUUGCACACAAAACUGCUGGCACCUCCAAACACACCAAUAGCAGAUUUCUUAGCCCGAGCUAUUGAGCCCCCGUCCUUCAUUGUGACAAGAAAUGCGGUUCAACUUCUGAAGACGAUGGACGCCCUGGACGCCUGGGAGGACCUGACCGAGCUGGGCCACCACCUGGUCGAUCUGCCGGUCGAGCCACGCCUCGGCAAGAUGGUGCUGUACGCCGUCGUGCUCAAGUGCCUGGACCCCGUGCUCACCAUCGUCAGCUGCCUCGCGCACAGAGAUCCGUUCCUUCUGCCUACUCUGCCAUCCUUCAAGAGAUCGGCAAUACUCAUCAAGAAGAAGCUUGCUUCAGGAUCGUUUAGUGAUCAUAUGACUCUGUUACGGGCAUUUCAGAUGUGGCAGCAGGCGCGCACCAACGGCUGGGAGCGGGCGUUCUGCGAGAAGCACUUUGUGUCGUCGGCCACGAUGGAGAUGGUGGUGGGCAUGCGGACACAGCUGCUGGGACAGCUGCGCGCGCUGGGCUUCGUGCGCACGCGCGGCGGCUGCGACAUCCGCGACCUCAACGCCAACUCGGAGAGCUGGGCCGUGGUGAAGGCGGCCCUGUGCGCGGGCACCUACCCCAACCUCAUCCGCGUCGACCGGGAGCACGCCCAGCUCAGGACGCAGAAGGAGUCGCGCGUGAUGUUCCACCCGUCCUCGGUCUUGCGGGACGGCUCCAGCAGGCUGCCCUCGGCCGGCCGCUGCGGCGGCGUGGAGGGCCUGCCCUCCGACUGGCUGGUGUACGAGGAGAUGAGCCGGACCGGGCGGCUGUGCCACGCGCGCUGCUGCACGCUUGUCACGCCGCUCACCGUGGCGCUGUUCGCCGGCCCCGCGCGCCUGCCCCUCGACGCCGUCAGCGCCGCCGAGAUGGUACGGGGGGACCGGGCCGCCGACACGGAGAGUGACAGCGAGGCGGAGGAGCGGGCGGACGGGGAGAACACCAUGCUGAAGCUGGACGAGUGGGUGGUGUUCCGGGUGGACGCCGAGGCCGCCCACCUGGCGCUGCACCUGCGCCAGAAGUGGAACUCCCUGCUGCUGCGCCGCAUGCGGGCGCCGGCCAAGCCCUGGUCCCAGGUGGACGAGCAGGUGCUGAAGACUGUGGUCGGCGUGCUGACGGCGGAGGAGCAGAACCUGGGACUGCAGCAGCCGGCCGGCGUGGGGCAGAGACCCCGGGCCAUGACCACCGACUGCUACUCCUCCGGGUCUCGGCAGAUCAUGGAAGAAGACGUGAGCAGGGACGACUCCAGUUGCCGCCCGGGCGUCCUCAAGUCCAAUGGUAAAGGGACGUCGGACUCGACAGGCGAGCGGUCGGACGCGGGCAGCACCAAGUCCCAGGACAGCCAGGCGUCGUCGCCCACGCCGUCGCAGGCCGGCGCGGGCGCCGGAGACUCCCCCUCCCCCGCCCGCUACUUCGUCAUCAAGGCGGGCAGCGUGAAGGCGGUGGAGGCUUCCCUCAGCCGAGGCCUCUGGGCCUUCACGCCCAACACGGAGCGCAAGCUGCUCCGCAUCUUCAAGGAGGGCAAGCGCGUGGUGCUGGUGUUCAGCAUGCAGGGCUCGGGCCACUUCCAGGGCCUCGCCCAGCUGGCAGGGGACCGCCCGGAGCCCGUGGAGCCUGGCUCGGACCUGGCGGGCCCCAACCUGGGCGCCCCGCUGCCCGUCGAGUGGCUCAAGCGCUCCAACGUCCCCUUCCAGGCCACGCGCCACCUGCUCAACCCCUACAACGAGAACCGGCGCGUGCAGGCCAGCCGCGACGGACAGGAGAUCGAGCCGACCGUCGGGGAGUCGCUGUGCGCCCUCUGGGACAAAGUGCCGCAGCUCGUGCCCAAGUCGUCGCUGUUCGGCCCGCCGCGGGGCCCCCAGCAGCAGGGGCGCCCCAUCCGGGGGUACUCGUACCCCUUGUACGGCCCCGGCUACCAGCAGUGCCUGGGGUACGGCCCCCGCAAGUAGCCUGUCCCUGAGCCAGGGGCGCAGCCAGGCGUAGCCCCAAACCUUUCAUUAAUUUCCUAUUCAUCACUCAAACAAAUUUCAUAUUAAAAUUAAUAAAAAAAUUUACUGUUACAAUAUUUAAAUUUAAGAACCGAAAACUGCUAAAAUAGCACUUGUAUUUUACACCUUAAAAUCCAAAUUUUCCCGGGGGAGGACCCCCGGACCCUCCGCUUUAAUACGGGGGGCCAUGAUUCUUUACACCCCCCAUACACAAAUCCUGGCUACGCCACUGACCUGAGCCCCCGGCAUAGUGUCUGGACUGGUGCACGCAAUGCACUAAGUAUGCCCUGCCUAAUCAAAGACUGUGGUUUUUAUUUAAUUUGUACUUACUGUGUCACUGUCGUCUUUUGCAAACUAAAUUCUUGAAACUUGACGAUUGGUGGUAAAAGAAGAGAAAAAAAUGGGACCCAGAUUGCCGUGAAUAUGAUUGCGAUGUCGAAAAACAAAAGUGAGAUGAAAAUGAGUUUCAGAAGUUUGAAGAAAAAAAUGUAAUAUUGAAUGAUUUUUAAUGUAGAUCUAAUUUUUAUUUUUUUUUUCAGCUCUGAUAUACAGUUAGAUUCUGACUUUGAUUCGGGUGAAUAUGGUAUAUUUUGUGUGGUCUUACUUGCUCAGUUGAUUCUCAUUGGGCUUAUGAUUAAACUACACAUACCUAUGAAAAUGCUCCUUAUUAACCAUUGUUCACAAGGGAGAAUGUUGACUGAAUUUUAUUUAAAAGUAUUUGACAGGUUUUGACAACUCAUACUAAUUUGCCGAUGUAUUUUAAAAAAAAUUCUCGAUUUUGCAUUUAUUGGUCUUACGUGAAUUUCUGCAGCUAAAUAAAAAUAAUCACUUGAAAGUUUUUACUACCGACUCUGAAUAUAAUUCCAGCCCCAAACAUUUUGAUUAUAUCUAAACACGCAGGAAUUAAAAAUUAUUUAAGUUAGUAAAUUUAUACCAUAUUUACUAACUGUUGCAAGAGUAUGGUGUUAGAUUUGGUUCACAAACAAAACAUAUCUGUCCAUUAGCACACACCUCCAGUCAUAACUUGUGAUGUUACAAUAAAUAUAUAUAUAUAUAUUGGUUGGAGCACUAGUUGUGUACAAUCGAUCAAACAUCAUCUUAGAUGAAUUUGAUUCAAAUUAAAACAGGUCAGGAACAAGACUCUGUGAUUGGAAUUAUUCAAUUUUGUGACUUUCCACAAGACAUGGCAGGUAUUCUUUGGAUUUGAAAGUGACUUCAUCUUGCAAAAAAAAAAGUUAUCUAAAAUAAAACCCUUAUUUGGCAUUGAAGUUUGUUGCGUUGUAUUUUCAUUAAAUUUGUUGUGAGAAUGAGGCCUACAAACGAGAAUACGUGACGUUUGGAUUUCACAUGUAUUUUUGGAUUUAGAAUUGAAGAAUCAUUAGUUAAAUUUUUAAGUGCCAGCACUGAACUGUGAA